CCGGAUAAUAAUACACUCAUCAGUGAUACAAACCGGUAUGGCAACGUCGGACUGAGGUUACAGCACCGACGAAAUGUGCUUCUGUAUCAAUUCUUGUUGUGAGCCCCUCAACCCACAAGACACGCGUGCUGACUUCUGAUUGGGUGGAAUAUUGAAACCCCAUAACGUGGUUUACAUAUACGCAGACGCGUUCCCAUCGAAAGGGAUACUAGGGAACCCCUCUGGAAGUAAAUCACCAGUGUACUCCGCAUCCAGGAUUGUUUGCGUCUGCCAAAAGGACUGUGAAAGCGCGAGCUUAAUGUUGAUGAUCGAUAUUAGAUUCUGAGCAGUUUUCACUUCUCCUUUUAUUCACUGAACUCCCUUUCUUGACCCCUGUCCAAUCAAUCAAUCAUUAUUGAUUGAAGAAAAGUGAAACUUGAAGACGCGGGAAGGAGGAGAGCAUUUCCUCGAUCCGUUCACGCCACUGGUAUGCGAUUUGGUCCUGUAUUCAUAUUACUUUAUUUCUCAAACGUCGGAAUCUGGCCUUUUUUAACCUGAUAUGCUUGAUUCUUUGCUUUAGUCAUUGAAAAUGUUUAGAUUGGGUUGUGGGUUUCGAUAAAGAUUGGUUCUUUGAUAACCUCCUACUCUGCUUAACUGGAUUAUAAUGGCAAGCAAAUCAGCAUUGGCGGACAAUCGGACUAGAAGAUCCGUGUCAAUAUUCAUUGUUGCUGGUCUAUGUUGUUUCUUCUAUUUACUUGGAGUGUGGCAAAGAAGUGGGUUUGGUAAGGGAGAUAGCAUAGCCCAGGAGGUGACCAGGUCCACCACUGACUGCAAUGCAUUGACUAACCUCAACUUUGAGACCCAUCACGAAGGUCAACCAGGCAAUGUUGAUGACUCAAAGCCUAAGGAAGAAAUCAAACCUUGUCAUCCUCGUUACACUGAUUACACCCCAUGUCAAGAUCAAAAUCGUGCCAUGACUUUCCCAAGGGAAAACAUGAUAUACCGAGAGAGGCAUUGUCCUCCCCAAGAAGAGAAGCUGCACUGUCUUAUUCCUGCACCUGAAGGGUACGUGACUCCAUUUCCGUGGCCAAAGAGUCGUGACUAUGUUCCUUAUGCCAAUGCACCCUACAAGAGCUUGACUGUUGAGAAGGCAAUUCAAAACUGGAUUCAGUAUGAGGGAAACGUGUUUAGAUUCCCGGGAGGUGGGACCCAGUUCCCUCAAGGAGCUGAUAAGUAUAUUGAUCAGCUUGCUUCAGUUAUUCCGAUUGAGAACGGGACUGUUCGGACUGCAUUGGACACUGGUUGUGGGUUGCAAGUUGGGGUGCCUAUCUCUGGAAGAAAAAUGUUAUAGCAAUGUCAUUUGCCCCUCGAGACUCGCACGAGGCUCAGGUUCAGUUUGCCCUUGAAAGGGGUGUCCCGGCUGUAAUUGGUGUGCUUGGGACUAUCAAGAUGCCAUACCCCUCCCGUGCAUUUGAUAUGGCUCAUUGUUCUCGUUGUCUGAUUCCAUGGGGAGCUGCUGAUGGAAUAUUAAUGAUGGAAGUUGAUAGAGUUCUUAGACCUGGAGGCUACUGGGUGCUUUCUGGGCCUCCUAUCAACUGGAAGGCUAACUACAGAGCUUGGCAACGCCCUAAAGAUGAACUUGAAGAAGAACAGAGGAAAAUUGAAGAUGUUGCUAAACUUCUAUGCUGGGAGAAGAAGUCUGAAAAGGGUGAAAUUGCAGUUUGGCAGAAGAGGAUGGAUGCUGAAUCGUGCCGUGCAUCACAAGAGGACUUGACAGCUACUUUUUGUAAAUCUGCAAAUCCAGAUGAUGUAUGGUACAAGAAGAUGGAGACAUGCAUUACUCCAUCACCUGAUGCUAACAUAGACGAGAGGCUGAAGCCAUUCCCUGAGAGACUGAAUUCAGUUCCCCCAAGAAUCGCUAGUGGACUGGUUUCAGGAGUGUCAGUGGAGGAAUAUAAAGAAGACAACAGAAGGUGGAAGAAACAUGUGAGUGCUUACAAAAGAAUAAACAAAAUCCUAGAUUCAGGAAGGUAUCGUAAUAUAAUGGAUAUGAAUGCUGGAUUGGGAGGAUUUGGUGCAGAGCUUACAUCUCCCAAGAUGUGGGUUAUGAAUGUCGUGCCCACUAUAGCCGAGAAAAACACUUUGGGUGUUAUAUAUGAACGUGGAAUGAUUGGUAUCUACCAUGACUGGUGUGAAGCCUUCUCCACGUAUCCGAGGACUUACGAUCUCAUUCAUGCGAAUGGAGUCUUCAGCUUAUACAAAGAUGUGUGUGAUUUUGAAGACAUUCUGUUGGAGAUGGAUAGGAUUGUACGGCCAGAAGGGGCAGUUAUUAUCAGGGACGAAGUAGAUGUUCUGGUAAAAGUGAAGAAGAUAAUCGGAGGCAUGCGGUGGGACUUUAAAUUGGUAGACCACGAAGACGGUCCUCUCGUUCCUGAGAAAAUACUAGUUGCUGUCAAGCAGUAUUGGACCGUGGCUGAGAGCAACACUACGUCCACACGUAGACAAUGAGGAUUCCACAUAUAUCUUUUUAAUUAUGAAUGCAAGUUCAUAUGAGAAUCCAACAUUCAUUUCCACAGCAGUAUUUAUGCUCCACAAGAGAUUCUGUCUAUCAGGAGUAGGCUCUGCUGUAAUUCAUCUCAUGUUCUCUUGCCACGGUAAUUACCGAUGAAGUUAGUUUUGUAACAUUAUUGUUAUUUUUUGGGUUCAACAAUAUUGUUAUUUUUACUAUUAUAUGUCCUUUUUUUGCUUUCAUGUCAAACAAUGCAUGAUAAAAUCAGUACGGAGUACGGAGUGUUCGAUUCUAGUGGUAUUUCAAAAACAAAAUCUUUGAUUCUGCUAUUUUCUUUUCUAAAAAGAUUGUCCCAAUCUUGAGAAGCCCACCACCCUUAAAGUCAUAGACUCAUUUUAAAAUUUUGGAAAUAGCUCCUUGUCUUCGUUUAGUAAACAGAACGUAGUUUAAGGUAGUACGUGCAAAAUAUAUGGCAGGAUGUUCCUCAGAUUUAAGCUCACACUCAACUCAUUCUCAAGACCCUUGACCUCUUUCACGUUUGAAAGCUGUCCUUAUUCUAGUCAUUCUAUCAACAGCUGAACUGAUAAGACUUGUUUUCCAUCCUAAAGGAAGUUUUGACUUAAAAUGGAGACAGAUCACCCCUAACAAAGUGUAUUUUUUUCUUUCGUCUCCGGAGAAAGUCGAUCUAUAGAGGCCGAUUCAAAACCAUCCGAUAUCCAAUGAGGAAAGAGGUCAAAUAAGAUUUGCUUCUCCGGAGUACCAAAUGCAAGUAUGACAUCGUUAUGCACGUAAAGUCCAAGGGUGUGAAAUCCCAAUAACUAAUAAACUAGCCGAACAUAAAUGAGAUAUAAAAUAUGAUCACUUCUUUAUGAUCUAAGAUUUGUGCCAAUACAUUCUUUUAGUUUAGCUCAGGAUUAUAAUCUCUAAUAAUUAAAACAAUAGCUCCCUAGAAAAUGGUCCCUCAUAAAGAAUUUUGCCCUAUAUUGAUGAUGUGUACAUCUCCUGCGUGCUAGAUUGGACCUCUGAUGCGCACAGGUAUAAGGCCUACCACCAUUCGGCUGACUGAGUCACCAUGACUUACUCCUUCACCAUCCUGUCGGGUUGGGGUAUUGGGCUAUUCCACCUUUUGGAUGAUGCAGUCCUAUUAAUUGUUGUUGUACAGGUGGUUAGCGUCCUUGCAUUUCAACGGACCAUUAUGAACUUACUUUAUGCUGUUUUGGCCCUUUUUAUUCUUGAGAAAGUCAUGAACUUUCAAAAUCUAGACGACGAAAGAAUCACCAUAUUAUUUACGGAAGAUAAAAUAUCUUAAACAAAUAUUGUAGAGUAAUUUGUUUUGUUACUUAUAGCAUGAAGAUUAUAUUAGUAAAAUACACACAUUGCUCAAAUGUAAAUAAAGAAUAUUC